AUGUUAGACAUUUUCCAUUUACAAAUGAUCAGAGGUAAUAUUACCAAUACAAUGAAAGAGCUAAAAGGAUACAUUGGACAUGUACAGGAAUUGAAAAGUGUAGCAGGUUAUGAAGACUGGAUUGGCUUAGAAUACAAACCAGCAUCAACCACUGCAGAAGGAUUGAAGUGGAUCCAAGAUUUGGGUUAUAAUUUGUGAAAAUAUUUUAACACACUUACUAAUAUAUGUUGUAUAUGUACA